GGUCUGGGGAAGUGUGAUUGCUACAACACACAUCCAACAUGCCUUCUCAUGUUUCUUGUGCAGAGUUUUCGUCCUGUUGAGUUGAGGAAAAAAAAAAGAAUUGUUUGAUCACCCAUUAUACUUAGGAGAUCACUUUGUUGCUGUCUUUCUGUUACUGAAACAUGGAACUCUAAAUGAUUGAUUGUCGUUUAAAGUAUCUGUGCUGUGUAUCGAUUAGAUCCUCUCAAGCUUUUGCAAAGCAAAGCCACAUGAAAAAAGCUGUUUUGUGACUAUUUAUUCCUUGCUUUCAGUGCUUCCCCAAUUAAGGAGUGUGACAUCAAUGGAGCUCGGCUGUGAUGCCCGAGGUCAUUCUCGGGCUGGAAAUGAUACCAUGAUCUGGUAUUGUGCUGUUCUAGCUGGAAGGCAAAGCCUAGAGCUUGACAAAAUGCGUGAAACCAUGCGCAGGCUCCAAGAGAGUCUUUCACGGGAUGGAGUGUUAAAUGUAGUUGAUCAAGAUACAGCAUCAACGCCAGCUGCAAUCGCACUGAAGGAGAAACGACUGACGUUUACUUGGCUUGAUGGUGAAGCGCAAAAGAAAUAUUGUUUCUUCUACAUUAAUUCGGAGGAUGGCUAUGAAACUUGUGGACCCAGGAGGGAUAUAACUGAUGUACCCAAGUUAUUUAUCGUGCGCUACAAAAAGAAAGCUACUGAAGACGGUAUGCAGAUUGAGAAAAAGCCAAAAAAUUUGUUCGAAGCAUUGCAUAGUGAUGAUACUGAUCCUGCAUCCCAACUUGUAGCAGUGUACAAUGGUUCGGCUCAAAUUUCAGAGAUCAUCCAGUGGAUUUCUCAAAUAAUUCAAGAUGGUGACUCCCGGGAUCUCCCCUUCUUUAGGGCAACAACUCCUGCGCUUGUUCCUGAGGAUGGAGAUCCCAUUUGGUCACAAGGUACUGAAAAGUUUAUUUCCACAAGCAAGGGAGUGAAGCAGAAAAUUGGUGACCUUAUACGUGGAAUCUAUGAUUACUUGUAUGAUCCAAGGAUUGGUCCGAUCCUGCUUCUGGGAGCACUAAUGUCUUUUGGUAGCAUCUGGCUGCGGAGAAGUCCAUCAACUCAUCCGAUUGAGUCAAGUCAUUCUGGUCAACCAAGUACAACAGAUGACGUGAGACCUGGUCGAAGGAAACGCCAUAGAACUGGGUCAAACCAAGACCCCCCUCGUUCCAUCACUGAUGUUGAACCCAAAGAUGCUCAUCAGAUGAAACUCUCGGAUAGCGACUCCGAGUAGUAGUCCCGCUUGAAGGAAUCAAGGUUGAAUGCUAAAGCUUGUUAUCAAAUUGGUUGUUGCACACAGAUUGAUCGCGCCACUGGCAAAUGACUGCUAGUAAUACAGUGAUUGUUUUACAGCUAUACCAUGAAUUGGAAUCAAAAGUUUAGUCAUAGGUUUAUGUUUAGUCUUGGCCUAAGCUUUAUAGAUUUACGUUUGGAUUAGUCUCAGAAACUGCCUUUAUUUCCCUAGUGUGUUGUGAACAAUGGUUUAGGAACAGUCUUGGUAUGGGACCUGCAGUGACUCGUUUGACUUAGGCUUAAAGAUUGUUUGAUCUUUCUACUUCAAAAUACUGAAAUGUAUUGCUUGUCGUAAGUCCAUAUACUAGGCGAAAACCGGUGAUUACUUGAUCCAUAAUUUUGUGAUCCGGUUUUCCAAUCUCGCAAUUCUUUUCAAGGACGAUUAGUAAGUGAUACUGCUUAGUUUUUGUGUGUGUAUUUGAUAAGACCAGG